AUGAGGUCUGCUAUGUCUCGGCAGAGGUUCUCCACAAAAGGGGGCUUCAGCUCUAACUCUACUAAUGGAGGGGGUGGGUCCCGGACCCGCACCAGCUUCAGCUCGGUGACCAUGUCCCGAAGCAGUGGCAGUGGUUGGGGGGCCCGCUGUGAGCCUAGCACAGGUGGCUUUGGCAGCCGGAGCCUGUACAACUUGCGGGGCAGUAAGAGCAUCUCAGCCAGUGUGGCUGGAGGGACUUCCUCAGGGCAGGCUCUGGGGGACUUUGGCCUCACUGGUGAGGCCUAUAUGGGCCUGGGAGCUGGCAGGUAGACAUUUGGGCCCACUUGCCCUCCUGGCGGGAUCCAGGAGGUCACUGUCAACCAGAGCCUGCUGACCCCCCUCAACGUGGAGAUAGACCCAGAGAUCCAGCAGGUGCGCACCCAAGAGCGGGAGCAGAUCAAGACCCUCAACAACAAAUUCGCUGUCUUCAUUGACAAGGUGCGCUUCCUGGAGCAGCAGAACAAGGUGCUAGAGACCAAGUGGGCGCUGCUGCAGGAACAGGGCCAGAACAUGGGUGUCACCAGGAACAACCUGAAGCCUCUCUUUGAGUCCUACUUGGGCAACCUGCGGAGGCAGCUGGACAGCAUCCAGAGCGAGCGGGGGAGGCUGGACUCAGAGCUGAGGAAUGUGCAGGAUCUCGUUGAGGACUUCAAGAACAAGUACGAGGAUGCAAUCAACAAGCACACUGCUGCGGAGAAUGAGUUUGUGAUGCUCAAGAAGGACGUGGAUGCGGCAUACAUGGGCCAAAUGGAUCUGCAUGGCAAAGUGGACACCUUGACUGAUGAGAUUGUCUUCCUGCAGCAUCUCUAUGAAAUGGAGCUGAGCCAAGUGCAGACCCACGUGUCUGACACCAACGUGGUCCUAUCCAUGGACAACAACCGCAGUCUGGACCUGGACAGCAUCAUUGCUGAGGUCAAGGCCCAGUAUGAGCUGAUUGCCCAGAGAAGCCAGGCCGAGGCUGAGUCCUGGUACCAGACCAAGUAUGAGGAGCUGCAGGUGAUGGCUGGCAAACAUGGGGACAACCUGCGGCACACCAAGAAAGAGAUCGCUGAGCUCACCCGUACUAUCCAGAGGCUGCAGGGUGAGAUGGAUGCAGCCAAAAAGCAGUGCCAGCAGCUGCAGACAGCCAUUACAGAAGCAGAGCAGCGUGGGGAGCUGGCGCUCAAGGAUGCUCAGAAGAAGCUUGGAGACCUGAAUGUGGCCCUGCAUCAAGCUAAGGAGGACCUGGUACGGCUGUUGUGUGACUACCAGGCCUUGAUGAAUGUCAAGUUGGCCCUGGAUGUGGAGAUCGCCACCUACUGUACCCUCCUGGAAGGCGAAGAGAGCCGGAUGUCUGGAGAAUGUCAGAGCGCGGUUAGCAUUUCUGUGACUGGCAACUCUACCACUGUGAGCAGAGGUGGCACAGCUGGCAUCGGGGGUGGCAUCUCCUUGGCUGGGGAUGGGGGAGGCAUCAAAGGUGGUUUCAGCACCAAUGUUGGCUACAGCUCUGCCAAGGGGGGCGCUGUCUCUGGGGGCACCUCCAUCCUGCGGAAGACCAGCCGGAGGUAUUAG